AUGAAGACGGCCUACUUGGCGUCAUUGGUGCUCAUUGUAUUGACUGCGUAUGUCAUUAGAUUAGUAACGAUCCUACCUUUUUUCCACCCUCAGACAGAUACACAAAGGGAUACGGAAGAUGAGGUUAGCGUACUGAGGAUACAGAAACCGUCAAAGAAGCCGCUCAAGGUUUUUAUAUUUUUAGGAUCUGGAGGCCAUACUGGCGAAAUGAUUCGUCUUUUGGAAAAUUAUAAAGACCUCUUGUUAAACGGGUCGAUCAUAUACUUAGGAUACUCUGAUGAGGCUUCAAAGCAAAGAUUCGUCGAUUUUAUAAAGAACUUCACUCGUUGCAAAGUGCAAUACUAUGAAUUCAUGAAAGCCAGAGAAGUUAAAGCUAAUCUUGUACAAAGUGUCAAGACCAUCAUAGGAACGCUGAUGCAAUCUUUUAUACACGUGAUUAAAAUUAGAUUUGCCAUGUGUGGAUCACCCCACCUCUUUUUAUUAAAUGGGCCUGGGACAUGCUGUAUAAUAUCAUUUUGGCUAAAAUUUAUAGAACUCGUUGUUCUCUUCGUCGAUUCCUCCCAUAUAGUCUACGUGGAAUCGCUGGCAAGGAUCAAUACUCCUAGUCUGACGGGUAAGGUACUUUAUUGGCUUGUGGAUGAAUUCAUCGUCCAAUGGCAAGAAUUGAGAGAUAAUUGUUUACCCAGAUCCAAAUGGUUCGGUAUUCUCGUCUAA